AUGCUGCUGUGUGCAAGACCUUGUUCUUCACUCGCAGUUCGCCCAUUUUCUGCUCUGCUGGGCUGUCAGACAGAGGCUUUUGAUGCAUUCCGUGAGUAUCUACCCAAUGUGGAAACAGGUUCCAUUGAAAUUGCACGCCUCGACCGGGUCCAAGAGACGAAGGGAAAUGGCGAUGGGGGGACUUUGCUUAAGGAUGUUUGGACUACCAAAAUAAAAAGACCCGGUGCACCACCACUAUGCAUAAGAACUAACCAGAACCUGGGGGUACUUUUGUGA